ACACUCCUUCUCGAACAAUGAACGGCUGCUGCAGUGAGUGACGAGCGCGAGGAAGUUCAGGGGAGAAGCCCCUUGACUGGCAUCGACUGCACCGGAUCCAAGAGGCGUCGCGGUAACGUUUUCGUGCUUAGAUAUGAAGAAUGAUUAAAAGAAGAUGGCAGACCUGCAAACUUUUUUGGGAAUAUUGAUUACUCUCACCUUCUUCUAUGGAUGGUAUCAAAAGUAGAUGAUAUUGUGGACCUUGAAACCUGCCCAGCAUGCUAUGGACAGACUCUCUGCAGCACCCUUGUAGGUCAUGAGGAACCUCUCAGUGAGAGACUUCAGCUUACAAGUUUUUCAAAAUGGAAGAUCAUGAACCUUAUGAAUGUGAAGAACGUUUUUUAUGGAAAGAUGAGAGAUGUGCCAGUUGUGCUGAAGAAAUUGGCACACAAUUCAGAACUAAACGAUUUUGAUGAAAAAUUAUGCAAGACAGCUGAGCAACCAGAGAACUGCAGCAUAUCCCAAGCCUUAAAGGUAUUGUUAGCAAAGGAUGGUCAAGAUGUACUCCAGGUUGUUAGCAAAUAUCCAGACUUGUUUCAGGCAAGUGAUGCUGUAAAAUGCAACCAUAGCAGAACUGUGGAGGUUUUGUAUGAAAGCUUUAAGAAGACAGACAGAGGCCCUUAUCAUCAGCACCAUUUCCUCACUAUGUUAGCAGUGAACAUAGAACCUCUUGUAAUAAUUGGUGAGUUUCUCUCAGGGUAUCAGGAGGGACUUUAG